AUGGUUGGCGUGCUUGCCUUUCAUGGAACCAUCAUCCAUUGCGCAGCUGCCACCGAGACUAAGAUUCUCAAAGACACACUCUUGGUUGUAACGCCUGAUGGCCGCCUAUCCCACGUCAAGCACGGAGUUCCAGAGUCUGACGUCCAUAACGCGCUCUCACAACUCCAACUCCCAGAACCUCCCAAUCUUAGGGUUCUUUCACAGACCGAGUUCCUGAUUCCCGGCUUUGUCGAUACGCACAACCACGCACCCCAAUGGGCUCAAAGGGGCCUCGGCGGAGGCCUCCAUAUUCUGGAGUGGCUGGAACAGAUCACGUUCCCCAACGAGGCCAGAUUCGAGGAUCCUGAACAUGCACGAAAAAUCUACUCGUCUUGUGUCGACGGGUUUAUCAAACAAGGAGUCACCACGUGUUCCUACUACGGAUCUCUCCACGGAGAAGCCACCAAGAUCCUAGCCGACAUCUGUCUAGCAAAAGGGCAACGGGCACUGAUCGGCAAAUGCAACAUGAACCGGAACGCACCAGAUUACUACAGAGAUAAGGACGCCGCAGAAUCCAUCGCGGUCACCAAGGAUGUGAUUGACCACGUUCGCGCCCUCAAUGCGUCUGGGGCUUUGAUCAAACCUAUCCUCACCCCGCGCUUUGCCAUCUGUUGCGACGACGAGCUCCUUGAAAAUCUCGGCUCUCUUGCAACGCAGAAUCCUGACCUGCCCAUUCAGACUCAUUUCAACGAAGCCCAACAAGAAAUCGAUGCCACUCUCAGUCUGUUCCCGAGCUUCAAGAACGAGGCAGAUCUCUACGACCAUUACGGACUGCUGACCAAUCGCUCUAUACUCGCUCAUUGCACCAUCAUGACGGACUACGAGAUAGACAAGCUUCGCCAUGCGGACAGUGGGGUCGCGCAUUGUCCCAUAGCAAACACCACGGUUGGAGGUGGUUUUAUGGCGGCACCCAUCGGCAAGUUCCUUGAAAAGGGCAUCAAAGUCGGCCUAGGCACUGACAGUGGUGGCGGGUUUUCAUCUAGCAUCCUCGACGUAAUACGCCAGGCCAUCAUCGUUUCGAAUGCCAGACACUUGAUGACGGGCGAGCCCGCACUAUCGGUCUGGCAGUGCUUUUAUCUGGCUACCUUGGGUGGAGCGAGGGUUUGCAGCCUGGAAGAUAAGAUCGGAAACUUUCAAGUCGGGAAGGAUUUCGACGCUCUCGUGAUUCGAACGGAAACCGAUGGAGUCAUGACCAUGCUUCAAGCGCAAGACAAUGUCGAGAUGAUUUUCGAAAAGUUCUUGAUCAGCGGAGAUGAUCGGAAUAUCGCUGAAGUAUACGUCAGAGGCCGCCAAGUCAAGGGGAUGUCGUCGUCGCCAGUGUAG